AUGUCGUUCAUCACCCACGUCCUGGCGAGCUACCUAACCACCAUCUCCAGCCUCCUCAAGACCCUCACAACGGUCGCCACCCUCUAUCUUCUUAUCUUCCUUCUCUUCCCACUCACCCAAAACUAUAUCCGCGCGCGUAGAACCGGCCUCCGUGUUAUCAUCAGUCCCAUCACGCCAUACAACUUGACCUGGCGCAUCGCGUCAUCCUCACUCAGACCAAUCCUGCAGCACUGCACCUGGUACCGCGUAAUCGACUGGACGUGUUGCUGGCAAGACGCCAGCCUAGCUUCUACCAGCGCCGAAAAGGAAGUAUUAGUAGUCAGUCCCGGCUUAAUCUUGUUGUGCACACGCGACGAGAAGACGAUUGAAGGGGUGCUGAGGAAGUGGCGCGAGUUUGAGAAGCCGGAAUGGGUUAAUGGGUGUGGGAUUGACGAAACACAGUCCAACGGCGACGACUGGACGCGCCACCGAAAAAUCAUCGCCCCAUGCUUCAACGAGCGCGCAAGCGCUCGAGUCUGGAUCGAGGCGCUCGCCCAGACCGACAGACUUGUUAAAUCCUGGCUCGAUUCCAAGUCGGGGGCGAUAGUCGAGGGCAUGAGUACCCUCGCGCUCAAUGUCAUUUCCGCCGUGGCGUUUGAGAAUCACAACGUUAACGAGCCUACUGCAGGUCAUACAAUGAGUCUCAAAGAAGCGCUGACGACAGUGAUGAGCACGUAUAUCUCGCCAAUGGUGGAGGGCUUCAUGCACAAUCCCCUUGUGCGAAUCUGUCUACCGCCCAGAAUCCGCAGACUUUUGCGCGCUAUGAGUGAGUUCUCGCAAUACAUGGACGACCUCGUCACCCGAGAACGCGCGCAGAGCCAGAAACACUCCGCCGCGCCGCGGAAUUUAAUCCAGACUUUGAUCCACGCGAAUGCAGCGGUUGAUCAGGCCGGCAAGCCUCAGCUGUCAGACUCGGAGCUCAGAGGGAACGUCUUCCUCUUCACCAUUGGCGGGCUGGAAUCGACGAGCGCGACACUGACAUACGCGCUUGCUUUACUCGCUGUGAAUCCUGAGGUACAGGAGUGGGUGUAUGAGGAAAUAGACGGCCUCACUGAUCUCUCUGACGACUACGGGAAGGUUUUUCCGAGGCUGGGGAGGGUCAGAGCGGUCAUGGUACGUAAACAGCCCCCGAGAUGA